AUGUCCAAAGAUAUUUAUCUCGUAAUUGGAGGAAGCGGUUUUGUUGGUCGGCACAUCGUCCAACAGCUCUUGGACAGAGGAGACAUCGUUUCCGUAUUUGACAUCGUCCAACGCUACAACGAUGUACCGUUUUAUUCUGGUGACAUUACCGACGAGGACCAGCUAGCAGCGGCGCUCAGAAAAAGCGGUGCAACAUGUAUUAUACACACAGCUUCACCUCCUGCGGGACUCACAGAUUCUGCUCUUUACUUCAGAGUAAACGUAGAUGGAACAAAAGCUGUCAUUGCUGCAGCAGUCGCUUGCAAAGUGCGCAAGCUGGUUUUCACUAGCUCAGCUGGCGUUGUGUUCAAUGGCACUGACAUCAUCGGUGUCGACGAGCGUCUCCCAUUCCCCGAAGUCCCAAUGGAUGCAUACAAUGAAUCCAAGGCAAAAGCGGAGGAGGCGGUUUUGGAAGCUAAUGGGAAGGGUGGUUUAUUGACGGUUGCUUUGAGGCCUGCAGGAAUUUUCGGACCUGGAGACCGUCAAGCUAUGACGGGCUUGUACCAAGUUUACGAACGUGGUCAGACCCAUUUUCAGGUUGGCGAUAACACCAAUCUUUUCGACUGGACGUACGUUGGCAACGUCGCCCAAACGAGUAUCAAUCGUGAAAAGCUUCGUCAUCCUGACAAAACCCCUCUUCAAGUUGCUGGCCAAGCCUUCUUCAUAACAAAUGGAGAACCUUGCUACUUCUGGGACUUCCCGCGGACUGUCUGGCGACAUUUGGAUUCUUUCUUCCCCGGACACAGGAAACAGCGUGGUCUCAUCGUCUUACCCAAACCGAUUGGGAUGGCAGCUGCUUCUGGAUCAGAGUGGUUUGGAUGGUUGACCGGCAAGCAGCCAACCUUCACCAAAUUCAAGGUCACAUUCAGCUGUGCUACGCGAUGGUAUAACAUUGAAAAGGCUCGAAGGGUACUUGGGUACGAGCCAGAGGUUGGUGUUGAGGAAGGCGUCAGGCGCAUGGUUGAGUGGUGGCACUCGGAGUAUAUUGCGGGUAACCACAAACAAGCUCAUUGAACGACUAUCGCCAAUAUUGUUUUAACGUAUCUCUCCCUUUUUAUGGAUCUUCUGAAUGCUGUAUUUA